AUGUCAGGAGACCUGGCAGCUGAGAGCAGAGGCUACACACAGAUCAGAGUCAACAAAUUCUCGUACAGAUGGACCAUCAGCAACUUCUCCUUUUGCUUGGAGGGAAACUUGGGCAAUGACAUUGCCAGCCCCACUUUCUCACCAGGAGCCAAUGACAAACAGAAAUGGCUUAUGAAACUAUACAUAAAUGGGAACAAUGAGCAAAGCAGAAGUUACCUGUCAGUUUUCCUAGUGUUACACAGCUCUCCAAAGAGCCCCAUAUGGGCAAAGUUCCAAUUUGGGAUCAUAAAUGCCAAAGGAGAGGAAUUUCGAAUCAUGAACAAUCAAAGAGUUCUCAGGUUUGACCAAAACGAAGGCUGGGGUAUCUCAAAGUUCAUUCUUCGAGAUUUCCUUUUUUCCACUCCAUGUUUGCUUCUCCCAGAUGACAAACUCACACUCUGCUGUGAGGUGAGUGUGGUUCAGGACUGCAUCAGCAUCUCUGAACAGAACGUGCAGCCAGUGAUUGACGUUCCAAAGUGCACACUGGUAGAUGAUCUAGGAAAGCUGUGGGAGAAUUCCCGCUUCACAGACUGCUGCGUGGUGGUAGCAGGCCAGGAAUUCCAGGCUCACAAGGCCAUCUUAGCUGCUCGCUCUCCAGUUUUCAGAGCCAUGUUUGAACAUGACACAGAGGAGAGCAGAAAGAAUCGCAUUGAGAUUCAUGACCUGAAACCCGAAGUCUUCAAGGCAAUGAUGGACUUCAUUUACACCGGGAAAGAACCAGAUCUCCACAGCAUGGCAGAUGCUGUGCUGGCAGCUGCUGACAAGUAUGGCCUGGAGCGUUUGAAGGGCAUGUGUGAGAGCGCCCUCUGCAGGGAACUCUCUGUGGAGAAUGCUGCCCACACUCUCUUCCUAGCUGAUCUCCACAGCUCAGUGCAGUUGAAAUCUCGGGCAAUGGAUUUCAUUACAGCUCAUGCUUCUGAGGUUUUUCAGACCUCGAGCUGGAAGACAGUGGUCGACUCCUAUCCCCACUUGGUGGCUGAAGUAUGUGCCUCUCUGGUUCCUGCACAUGGUCUUUUCCCGGAACCCCCCCUCAAACGCCUGAAGCAAUCUUAG